UUUCCCUCCCCUCUUCUUACUUCUUCAUUGUCAAAGUUGAAAAUUAGGAUUAGAAAUUAGAGAAGAACUUAUUAAUAACUUAUUAUCAGAACAAUUAAUAACUUAUUAGGAUAAACCCUAUGUCCCUAUAUUGAAAAACAAUAAUUCCAAGAUUCAGAUUGAAUAUUGAUUUAGAUCAUCCUGACAAUCCUUUACUAAUUCGACAAACUCUAACCAAAAUAACGCAGAAGAGAAGAACUUGUGAUGCUGGAUACAAACCAUUUUGAUUGGUAAAAUAGUAAAAAUAGUCUUAUACCAACUGAUCGAUUCUAGGAUAUUUAGGCCUACUUCUUCAAAAACUAUAUUAAUAAUAAGGCAUUGCAUUUUGAUUUUUUUUAGAAUGUCAAUAUGAGCAAUAUUAACGGUAGAUCAAGAUUUUUUAGAGGACGGGGAGGAUGGAAGUAUCGGGGAAGAGGAGUGAGAGGAAGCGGAAGACCGUUUCCUAACAGAGAGAGAGGAAGUACAUUUAGUGGAGUGCCCUCUACAAGUAAUUCUACAGUUAGUUCGCAACAAGUUAUAACAGCUGAGUUUCCAACUACACAAGGAUCAAGUCAAUUUAAAGGAUGGAAGCUGUAUCAUCCAAAAGAAAGUUACAUGGAGGGAUCUCCAACAGUAAACAAAACCAAAGCUGCGGAAGAAUACUUGAAAAGGCACUCCCAGCUGUUCAACCCUGUUGACAUUGAAGAACGACGAUGUUGUUCUCUCGACUUUAAACAUAUCCUCAGUGAUAAACAAUUUAUGGAAGAUUGGCCAGAUUUUGAGCAGCAUUUACUUGAUGAGCCUGAACACACAAUCAAUUGCUUGGGCUUAGCUAUUCACCAGUUUACAUUGAAUGAGCUGGAAAAGGAGAUGAAUGAAGAAGAUAGACACACCAUUGAUCUCCCAGCCUUAAGAGUCAGACUUUUGAAUUAUGAACCUUUGACACAACUGAAAAAUUUAAAAGCAAACUUAUACGGCAAGCUGGUGUGUGUUCGAGGAACUAUAAUCCGUGUGAGCAACAUGAAGCUGCUAUGCACAUGGCUCGGAUUCCAGUGUAAUACAUGUGGUAGCGUUCAAACUGUAAAACAACAGGAAGGACUUUACACCCAACCCACCGUGUGUGGUAGCCCUACAUGUAGAGUUCGCAGCUUCACACCACUCUGCAGCUCAUCACUCACACAAACACUCAACUGGCAGACAGUCAGACUACAGGAGCUGGUAGAUGAUGACCAGAGAGAAGGAGGCCGAGUUCCCCGUACAGUAGAGGUUGAACUGACAGAAGAUCUGGUUGACUCUUGUGUGCCUGGGGAUGAAGUCACCAUUACUGGUGUUGUUAAGGUGAGAUCUACCGAGGAAGGCAAGAAAAGCAAGUCAGCAAGCAUGUUUGUGUUGUAUAUCCUGGGAGUGUCUAUAGUCAGCAGUAAGGCCAGCACUGGCAGUGGCCGAAUGUCUGGUAUUGAGUUUAACAUCAAGGAUUAUUAUGCCAUACAGGAAAUACACGGUGAGCCAUCAUUGUUCAGACUGCUAGUGAACUCUCUAUGUCCAUCCAUUUAUGGCCAUGAAAUGGUCAAGGCAGGGCUUCUACUUGGACUGCUGGGAGGAUCACAAACCAACCACGGUCGCUCAGACUCUCAUAUCCUCGUAGUGGGCGACCCAGGCCUUGGCAAGUCCCAGAUGCUACAAGCUUGUGCUUCUGUAGCUCCAAGAGGAGUUUAUGUCUGUGGCAACACCAGCACAGCAUCAGGUCUGACUGUUACAUUGACCAGAGAGGGAGGGGGAGACUUUGCCCUGGAGGCUGGUGCUCUGGUAUUGGCUGACCAAGGCUGCUGCUGCAUCGAUGAGUUUGACAAGAUGUCCGUUCAGCAUCAAGCAUUACUGGAAGCCAUGGAGCAGCAAGUGAUCAGCAUCGCCAAGGCAGGGGUGGUUUGCUCACUGCCAGCUCGCACUGCCAUCCUAGCCGCAGCCAACCCUGCCAGUGGCCAUUACAACAGAGCCAAGACUGUGUCAGAGAACCUACGUAUGGGUCAGCCUCUAUUGUCACGCUUCGACCUUGUCUUCAUCCUGUUGGACAGGCCUAAUGAGCAACUUGACAGCUUGUUGUCUGAACAUGUGAUGGCUUUACACUCAGGAGUGAAGCAAGUCCAUGACAGGUCAUCAGUGACUGGCUCUACUCAGUCCAAUCUGCCAGAAUGUGAUCUGCCUCUCAGUGAAAGGCUAAAGUUGAAUGGAGAGCAAGUGGAUUUGCUGCCGCAUGUGUUACUGAGGAAGUACAUUGCAUAUGCCCGCAAGUAUGUGUCCAAUGUGAGACUGAGUGGGGACGCAGCUCGGGUUCUUCAGCACUUCUAUCUGGAGCUGAGGAAGCAACAUCAGACCCUAGACUCUACACCAGUCACGACACGUCAGCUGGAGUCUCUCAUAAGGCUUACACAGGCCAGAGCUAAAGCAGAGCUGAGAGAGGAGGCCACAGAACAAGAUGCUGUGGAUGUUGUAGAGUUGAUGCGCUGGAGCAUGGUGGACACCUUCAUUGAUGAGUUUGGUGCUUUAGACUUCCACCGAUCUAUCCAUGGCUCAGGCUCCAGCUCAAAAAAUCAGGCCAAGAAGUUCAUCACUGCUUUGCAGAAAAGGGCUGAACUUCAGACAAAAUCGGUUUUCUCUGUCACAGAAAUGAAAGAAGUUGCUGCUCUCGCAAAAAUUCAGAUUGGAGACUUUUACACAUUUGUCUCAAAUCUUAACACUCAAGGAUUCCUUAUAAAGAAGGGCAAGCAUAUGUACCAACUAUUAUCUGUUGAUUAUUAAUAAAUUGUUAUAAAUGU